AAAUCGUACCUUUCUUAUAGCUGGCAUGAAAUUGGCGUGUACGAUCUUCCAGCCAUGAUAGAUUAUAUCGUGAAGACCACUGGUCGUGAGAAAAUGUUUUAUCUGGGGCAUAGCCAGGGCACCACUGUUUUCUUCGUCAUGUCGACGGAAUUGCCAGAGUAUCAGCACAAAAUCCAGGCGAUGUUCGCAUUGGCACCAAUUGCUUAUUGCAGCAGAUUAAGAAAUCCCAUUUUUCAAUUCCUGGCAAGGUUCUCCGGUCCAUUAAACGGACUGUUAAAAUUAAUCGGUAUAUACGAAUUCGCGCCUACUGACGAAGUCAUGAAACAGUUCCAGAAAAUGGUAUGCGCGGAAGACGCUAUCACGCAACCCUUGUGCACUAAUGUGAUCUUCUUGAUCACUGGAUUCGACAAAGAUCAGUUUAAUACUACUCUACUACCAUUAAUCAUAGAACAUGCUCCGGCUGGCGCAGCCACGAAACAAAUAAUGCAUUAUUUACAGCUUAUCAAAAGUGGAUCUAUUAUUACAUCGGGGAAAUUUAGACAGUACGACUACUCACUCAUCACCAAUUUUGUCAAAUAUGGUACGUUCCGUCCUCCGAAAUAUGACUUGGGGAAAAUCAAAGUGCCAGUUUCAUUGCAUUAUAGCGCCAACGAUUGGUUAGCACAUAUCGAUGAUGUUGACCAAUUAGAGAAAGAACUUGGCAAUCCAUUUGGAAAAUUCCUUGUUCCAUAUAAAAAGUUCAAUCAUCUGGAUUUCAUGUGGGCUAAGGAUGUUAAAGAACUUUUGUAUAACAAGAUACUAAAUCUGAUGACACAUUUCUAACAUUGAACUACUAAAGUUCAAUAAUUUUGCAGAUUAAAAUUUUAUGGUAAGACUCCAGAGUAGUCACCUCAGCCAUAUUGAAUCGUGACGUCAGAAGCGAGAAAUGACACGUUAAUUUUCAUUACGUGUCAUUUAUAAAUGAAGACAAAUUUGGAUAAAACAAAAUGAUGAGAUUGCUUUAAAACAUUUGU